UGUGCCGCGACGCUGACCGCUCAACGUAAUCGAUAAUUCUUAGAAUAUACACAUCAUCAUCCGAGAUCCACCAAAUCUUUCAAUGCUGAACCCAACACACAUAUAUAAAGCUUCCGCCCUUUAUUUCCAUCCAGCUUCGCGAUUUCAACCUCACUUCCCAACAUGGCUGAAUCGUCUUGGCCUUCUCAACCUCAGCUUGAUGAAAUUAGAGGGGUAGUUUCAGAAAUGUCUGGGAGAGGAAGGGAAGAAGUUCGGUGCGCGGCUUCUCCUUAUCGAAUUUGUCCACUCGGAGCUCAUAUCGAUCAUCAGGGUGGCAUAGUAUCUGCCAUGACAAUUAACAAGGGAAUACUUUUAGGUUUCAUUCCUUCUGGUGACACCCAGGUUAUUCUACGCUCGGGACAGUUUAAAGGCGAAGUUAGGUUCAGAAUUGAUGAAGUCUCAUGCCCUAUGAACAAUGGAAAUGAUGCUUCCAAAAGGGAUGAAGAAAGUGAUUGGGGAAGUUAUGCAAGAGGAGCUGUAUAUGCAUUACAGAGUAGGAAGAACUGUCUUGUCCAGGGUAUCAUUGGAUAUAUAUGUGGUACUGAAGGUAUGGACAGUUCAGGCAUUAGCUCUUCAGCUGCUGUUGGCAUAGCUUACCUAAUGGCUUUGGAAAAUGCAAACAAUUUGAUUGUGUCCCCUGAAGAAAAUAUUGAGUAUGAUCGGCUGAUUGAAAAUGAAUUUCGGGGCCUGAGGAAUGGUAUAUUGGACCAAUCAGCCAUAUUACUGUCAAGCUAUGGUUCUCUACUGUGCAUGAACUGCAAGACUAAAGAACAUAAGCUCAUACACCCGCCAAAAUUGGGCAAGAACCAUGAGACGGAGUGGCAGGAAGCAUACAAAAUAUUAUUGGCAUUUUCAGGCUUAAAGCAUGCUUUAACUGAAAAUUCUGGAUAUAAUCGUCGAGUUGGAGAGUGUCAAGAGGCUGCGUCGGUUCUUUUGCAUGCAUCUGGAAAUGGUGCAGCAGAGCCAGUCCUAUCUAAUGUUGAGCCAGAAGCUUAUCAAACUCACAAGCACAUAUUAGAAUCUAAUCUAGCCAAAAGAGCAGAGCAUUAUUUCUCUGAGAAUAUGCGGGUUAUAAAAGGACUGGAAGCUUGGGCUUCAGGGAGGUUCAAAGAUUUUGGAACACUCAUUACAGAAUCUGGCUUAAGUUCAAUUCAGAACUAUGAAUGUGGUUGUAAACCUCUGAUACAAUUGCGUGAGAUCGUCCUAAAGGCUCCUGGUGUCUUUGGAGCACGGUUCAGUGGUGCCGGAUUUAGAGGGUGCUGUGUUGCACUGGUAGAUGCCAAUCUUGCAGCUGAAGCUGCAUCAUUUGUCAGGGAAGUGUAUAACAAGCUCCAGCCUGACUUGGCGAGUCAGUUGAACCAAGAACAUGCGGUUGUGAUAUGCGAAGCUGGUGAUUGUGCCCGUGUUAUAUGAUGACAAUGUAUCAAUUACUGUUAUCUGUUCAAUGUGAUUUUUUACUAUUUCAUUCAUUAUUUUAAACUCUGAACUGCAUCUUGAUUAGAACUAGCUGCAUACGAAUAUAUAGAGCGUGGGAGCUUCUGUUUGUAAUAGGCUUCUUAUAUUCGUCUUCUUCUGGUGGGCAUUGAAAAGUCUUCUGUGAUUGUUCUUUGACCACUACCUACUCAUCCAAAUCGAAUAUAGAGUUGGUAGUGCUUUAAUAAAAGAAUAAAGCAGUGUGGGCAGUGCAGAAUGUCCCCAACUUCA